AUGCUUAACCGACUGGUGGAGCAGCGAUGGCCAGUGACAGCUGUUUUGUCAGAUCCCAGCAUCACUAAGAAAGGAAAUCACACCCUUGACUUGACAGGAGACCAGUGGAAACUGGCACAAGAGACAUCAGAAUUACUUGGGCCCCUGCUCACACUCACAGAACUACUAUCACAGGAGGCAAACUUGUCGUUGUCGGCAACAGUGCCAAUGCUCUUUAACCUGAAGAAACGCCACCUGUCACCAGAAGAGGAUGACAGCCCUGACAUCAGAGAAAUGAAGAAUACCCUUGUCAAGGAGAUCGACAGCAGAUGGGAACUGUUAAAUUUGGAACCCACCAGCAUCUAUCUCCUUUCUUCAGCACUAGACGUGAGAUUUAAGCACCUUAAAUUCCUUGAGGAUGAGAAGAAGGACCUGGUAUACAUUGAAGUUGUCAGACUAGCUGAACAUCUGCAUCAGCAACAGAUCGUUCGCAAGGGAGAAGAGCUGUCAGCAAGCCACGGAGAAGAGGAGACGGAUGCGCCACCACCACCCGCCAAAAAAAAACAGCAGGAGAUUUCAAUGCUGAUGCAGGCUGAUGACGAAGAGGAAGAAGAACGCGGAGACAGCGCAAAGACAGAGAUGGAGCAGUAUUUGAGAGAUGCUACUAAAUUACAGUCGGGCCCACUGGCAUGGUGGAAGCAAAACAGUGACCGCUACCCUAAACUGGCAUUUGCAGCCAAACACCUUCUUUGCGUUCCGGCCACUUCAACUCCAUCAGAGCGCAUUUUCUCAAAAGCUGGCUACAUCGUCAACAAGACCCGAAGUUCCCUUUUACCAGAAAAUGUGGACAAACUCAUCUUCCUUGCACACAACAUGAAACGAGUAUAG